UCCCAAUGAUUUAAGUGCUAAAUUAAAUGAAUUAUGCGGUUGCUUAGCUCGCAGUGUCUCGGGUGGAAUGGCUGCAUCCCAAGGACUUGUCAGCUGCUUUGGCGUACAAUAAACACACAAAGCCGGUUGUCAUUCGCGCAUUUUGCAUUUAUCGGAAAUCCGCAGCAGCAGCAGAGACAAAACCAAAAACAACAAUUAAAGCGUAAUUUGAGCUUGCAGCAGUCUUGCAGCCAAAACAUGGUCAAGUAUCUGACACAAAAAGAGGCCAUCGAUCUGGACAUUGACCUGUUCGACACGUUCCAUGUCGGCCAACUGAUGGAACUGGCCGGAUUAAGCUGUGCCGAUGCGGUUGCCGAGUGCUUUCCCGCCCAAACCCACCCGCGAGUGCUAGUCGUCUGUGGGCCGGGCAACAAUGGAGGCGAUGGACUGGUCUGUGCCCGUCACCUGUCCCUGAUGGGCUAUCAGCCCACCGUUUACUAUCCCAAGCCCACACUGAUGGCGCUGUACGAGAAUCUGACCAACCAGUGCCACCACAUGGAGAUACCCAACAUCAAAAAGUGCCCCUCAGUGGCUGCUGCCGAGGAGGACUAUGACUUGAUUCUGGACGCCCUAUUUGGCUUUGGCUUCAAGCCGCCGGUGCGCGAAAAUUUCGUGCCCCUGGUAAAGAUGAUGCAGCAAACCAAGCUGCCAAUAGCCAGCGUGGACAUACCCAGUGGCUGGGACGUGGAGAAGGGUAAGCAGAGCGAAUCCGACUUUCAGCCGCAGCUGCUCAUCUCCCUGACGGCGCCCAAGCUCUGUGCGAAGCACUUCAAGGGCGAGCAUCACUAUCUGGGCGGACGCUUUGUGCCGCCUGCCCUGCAGCGCAAAUACGAACUCAAUCUGCCAGCCUACGGCGCCAAGCUGGUCAUCCGGCUGUAGAUCCAUAAAGCACAAUUCGCGCGUGUGUGUGUAGAAA